GGGAUGGUCCACUGAACUUUGAGAAAGUAACUCAGAGACAAACUAGGCUGUGAUCAUGUCCAACUCUCAGGAACAGAGUCUGAAUGAGAACGUGGUUUUCCUGCCAGUGGACGAGUCCUCCCCAGAGUUCCUCCACUGCGAGAGGGAGCGUGAAGCGGUGGAGAGGCUCCUGAGCUCAGGACCAGAGGCCUUCUACAGCUCCGUCGGCACAGAGCGCUCCGGCUGCUUCCUGUCUUCUGAGGAGGUCAGUCAGAUAACCAGCUGGGCUCAGAACUAUGAGUUCAACGGCCUACAGCAGGAGAACUCAGUCGGAUGCAGCUCGGCGGUGCACGAGGACUUCUGUUCCACCUACUUCCCCGGCCACACGGACGUGCCGGCCCCGAACCUGGAGCUGGGCUGGCCUGUGAAGAGCCCCUGGGUACCGCAGGGGAGCGUUACGGUCCACACCAGUCCUCCUGCCGACGGAGAGCCUCCUGUCAGAGAGGUCAUCAGGCGGCACCUGCAGAAGGCCUGCCAAGUCAUUGCCAUCGUGACAGACAGACUGACAGACGGGGCAAUAAUCUGGGAUUUACACAACGCGGCCUCCCGAGGUGUCCCCGUCUACAUCAUCCUGAACCAGAGGUCCAUUCAGGAGACCGUCACGCUCAACAGGUUGAGGCAUCCGAACAUGCAGGUCCGAGUUCUGGGAGGGACGAGCUUCUGUUCGAGAGCAGGAAGGAUGGUGGUGGGGGAAAUGAAGAACAAGUUCCUUCUGGUGGAUUUAGAGACGGUGAUUCAUGGCAGCUACAGCCUCACCUGGACGGACGCCCACCUGCACCGGCAGCUCAUCACGGUUCUGAGCGGACCGGUGGUCGAUACCUUUGACAAGGAGUUCAGGAUCCUGUUUGCGGCGUCGCUGCCGGUUCCCAACACGUGGAGGGUCGCAGCCAACAACGCACAUGUGCCUCAUCACCUCAAAGACUUCCCACCGCUUCAGUUCCACAAGCAGGUGCCUCUGGAGCCUGAGAUCUUCAGCCCUCCGUCCCCUCCUGCCGACUUCCUCAUGGACUGGGAGGCGAUGGGGGUCAUUCAGAGAGACUGCAGCCUGCCGGGCAGCUCUCUGGACCAGCACGAGGAAACCAUGGACAAGGAACCGCCGCUGCAGAACAACGUGCUGUUUGAUAAGAACACAGCCAUCAUGGACAGAUUUACUAAGAAUGGAAACCAGUUAGUGGAUAAGAAAAGGAUCUGGGAGAACACCUCUCCGGCGAUUCCUGGUCCUCCAGACGAAUCGACAGUUUUCAACAACAUGGAGCCGCUGUCAACAGACCGAGCAGCUGCAGAAAGAAUGAAGAGGAUGGAGCAUAAGAUAGAGAAAGCUCUUGUCAGGCAGCUCUCCAUGGAGAAGGAACGACAUGACAGAAAUGCAACGAGACUUGACGGUGAAGCAGCAGAACAUGUUCUUCUAUCUGCGAAGAAAGGAGAGCGCUCUCGGAGGAGGGAGUCCAUUCUGGAGGAGGAGAGCAUAACAGAAGAACACAUCUCCACAGUGGAGAACACGCCAUCGUCUCGGAAACCUGUGAUCCUGAGGGUGCCCCAGUCUGAGAGCUUCAGCUCUCUGAGCGACAUCAUGAAGAGGCUCAAACGGGGAACUUCAACGGGAUCCAAUUCUACGCUGUCGGAGCGAACCCAGUCCAUGAUGAAUCUGAGCGCUCACAACACAGACCCAAGUCCAGACGAGAAAGGAGUCCCGGUGCCGAGGUUCAAGGCCAGCGUGAGUGUGCAGCUUGUUGUGUUUCUCUGAAGGACGACAUGUUUAAUAAAGAGAAGUUUAGAGGUUUUAUUCA